AAGGCAACGAUUGACUAAUAUAUUUUAUUUGUAUCUAGUUCAAAUUAAAUGGCGCAGUGCUCAUUAAAUACUGUAAAAAAUGACCAAAAUUCUACUGACAAUAGUACCUCGACGAAAGAAUUUCUGCAUUUCGAGAAAGCCUGCGAGGCGCCUAGAGAUAGUGAUGAAGAAAUCAAAAUGAUAUUUAGUGAGAUAAAUAAAUUGGCUGUUGGCACAGACAAUGAUAAAGUAAUUGGUGAAGAUGUGGAAGACGUAGAGUUAAUUUUAAAGCGUGCCGAAGAUAUAGCUCUUGAAACUGAAAAUUUGCUAAAAACCAGUCCAAUCGCCACUAAAAAUGGCAUAACUACUAAUUGUGGCGUGGCCAUACCUCAAAUCAAAGUCACAAAACCCAAUGAAGGUGAAGCUAAAUUAGGCGCAAGUGUGAUUGCUACUAAGGCCAGUUCUGCUCAGCAAAACAGCAAAGAAAAUAAUGAAAUCCGCCGCAAACCAAAGUUGAGGCCUUUCUCUGCUGGUGUUAUCGAUUCUAAGAAACGAGAGACUACGAAAGUGGCACGUUUCUCAACUAAUUCAAAUUCACCGAAAAGGACCGUCAAUUGUAAACAUGAAAAUUUAUUAGAAGAAUUGAAGGACACGAACGAAAGGGUAAAAGCCGUUGAACUCCUUAAUGUUCAAUUGACAGAAGAUAAUAAACUGUUGAGAAAAAAACUCGACCAUAUCGAUGAACAAAAACAUAUGGCUGAUUUGAAAUUGUCUGAAUGUGAGAAGUUCGUGAGUAGAUUGGGUAAAGAGUAUGAAAACAGAAACUCUGAAUUAAAGGCUGUUCAAGAACAUGAAGGUAGAAUCAUGGCAGAGUUGAAUAAGGAAAGGAACGAAAGGAAAAAUUUAACCAUACAGCAUGAUAAAGAUGUUACUAUCAUUCAAGAUUUGCAAAGACAAGUUAAAGAAAUGGAGAUGAUAUUAAAAAGAAAACAUCCAGAUUCAGUUUCAGCUUUAAUAGUUGCGUCAAAAGCAUCAACAGUUGAAGACAAUAAAAAAAAGUUACUCGAAGAGCGUAUUGUACGUUUAGAACAAGAAUUGAAAGAUAAGGAAAGCCACUUUCAAGGAAUACUUCUAACUUUACAAGAAAAGUUUGGAGAUAUGAAACAAAAAUACGAGAACCAUAUUAUAGAUGUCGAGAGGCAGCUGAUGGAGGAUCGUAAAGUUAACACCGAAUUAAAAAAUAAAAUUAACAAAACAAACUUAGCGAAUUCUGCUGUUCAAACUGUACCUAAAAAUGUACAUAAUGUAGCGUGUCAAACAUUUAUAAAACCAGAUAGAGCUUCUUCUGCCGUAAGCAGAUUAUCACAGAAUUCUGCACUUAUUCUAAAUAAACUGAAAGAAGAUAGCUAUUUAGUAGCGACAAUAAAAGGUUUACAGGGCGAAUUAACUAUAAAACAACGUACUAUUGCAAAAAUUAAUAGAGAGACUGAAGAACUUCGAAAGAAUUUACGGAAUUUGCAAAAAGAGAAAGAAGUGUUAUUAAAUCUAAAUCCUCAAAAGAAGCCUGGAUGUAGGCCCACUAAAUCAUCUGAAAACAUAUUAGUAAAGGUUAAUUCGGAAAUGGAAGCGGAGCUUACGGAAACUAGAAAACAAAAGGAAGUCCUUACACAAGAACGAUGCAGCUUACUGGACUCUUUAAAAAGAACAAAUGAAGAUUUUAUAAUGCUCAAAAAGAAACGAAUCCAAGAUUUACAUACACUUCAAUUGGCACAUGAGAAAGAAUUGAUGCAGAUGAACAUGCAACUUUAUCCACUACAAGAGGAGAUAAAACUCCUAAAUAGGACUGUGGAAAUUCUCCAAGAGCGAGUGAGGGCGGCUGAUGACAAACUCCUCAGAUAUCAGGCCGGCAUCAAAGAAAUGGAUAUGCAUGCGGGAGGUGAUAACCAUGGUAAUAGGAAUUCUAAGAAAGAUAUACGUUAAUUUCUUUUUCAGAGAUGCCGAAUUGUUUUUUGAAUUAGGUAUGAAGCCAUAAUGAAAUAUUCAAGUCUGCAGAUUUUGAGGAAAAUCACUGAAACCUUUUAUAUGUUGGUGUAGUUUGUAAUUCUGAUCGUAUCUGUAUUAUCCAUGUGGAUUUAAAAAAAGAGUAACAUUACUUCGUUGUUGGAAACAAAAAAUCAAGAAUACUUAUAUCAUUUUUUUUUAAUAUGCAAAUGAUUGUGCUCUUAAUUUAGACGAUUGCAAUGAUUUCCUUAUAGCUGCAUAUAUUAUACUUAUUCUUGUGAUAGAGUAUACUUAGUACUACAUGAUGGGCAGUUAAUUCUGUCAAAAUCGAUUCUAAGUGUCAGAUUUAUCGUACGUUUUGUAUCUAAAUUAUUUUGUAAUGUUCACAGAAUUAAUUCUGCAACUAUAUUUAAAGAUAUAUUCAUACAAAAAUUGUGUUGAUAGAUCUCACUACAUAUUAUGA